AAUGAUGGCGAUGAUCCUCCUAUACUCUUUCUACAUGGUUUAUUUGGUAACAAAUCUAAUUUUCAAUCCAUAGCAAAGCACAUCAAUAGAAAAACUCAGAGAAAGACAAUAACAGUUGAUGCCCGUAACCAUGGAGAUAGUCCUCAUAGCGACGAGAUGAGUUAUUCAGCCAUGACUGCAGACGUUCUUGCUUUGCUGAAUUCACUGAAAAUACAGAAAUGUGUGUUGACCGGGCAUAGUAUGGGUGGAAAGGUUUCCAUGGUAACAGCUCUUACAGAGCCCGAUGUCAUUGACAAAAUGAUUGUGGUAGAUAUAUCGCCGUCACCUAGUGCACGAUCCACUAUAGACUUUGACACAUACAUCAAAGCAAUGAGGAAUUUACAGUUUGAUCAUUCACUCCCAAGGUCUACUAUGAGAAAAUAUGCAGACCAGCAACUCAAGCCAUCUGUACCUAACUCCAGGGACAGGUUAUUUUUAUUGACUAAUUUCACUGAGAUAUCUGGACACUAUUGUUGGAGAGUAAAUUUGAAUGCAAUUGAAAGACAACUACGAACUCUCUAUGAUUUUGAUCAUUUUUCGUCAACAUAUGAUGGUCCAGCUCUCUUUAUUGGUGGGGGAAAUUCACCAUACAUUAGUCCAAAACACUAUCCUGAAAUCAAAAGACUGUUUCCCAGGUCUGCUGUUACACAUAUAGAGGGCGCUGGUCACUGGGUCCACUCUGAAAAACCAUGGCAAUUUAUUGAGACACUGAUAGACUUUUUAAAUGGCAGUCUGCUGCCAUCACAGUUCAACAGCAGAACUAAUCUGGAAAAUAGUAAAAUAGAAAUACCAUAUAUGGUCAAUAGGUAACAAUCCAAAUAUGGUAGUACUGUAAACGGGAUAAUUAUUCACUGGGUUUUAAUUUUUC